AUGGAUGAAUCAGCAGCUACACAGUUUCAUCUAUGGCAAAAUUUUGUGGCCCAUUCGUCGGACGUAAAGGCAGUGGAACCAACAACUCAAGGACAUUUAGCAACGGUCAGCAGGGAUGAAACCGCAAAGAUGUGGGUAUUGAAGUAGGUGUUUUUCUUUCUGUUUUUGAUUUUAGGUUUGAAUGAAAGAUGAUUGGGGAUAAUAUCUUCAGUGUUUGAUGUUUUGAGAGGUUUUAUAAACGAUAUUUGUUAAUAUGAAACUAAGAGUGACAUUAUUUUGUAGGGAGAACGGGUAUGCACAGGAAGCCUUAUUUAAGAAUGGUCAACAUGUCAAUUCGGUAGCGUUUUAUGAAACUGAAAGUGACGGGGAAUUUAUAGUUUGUGGACGUAAGGAUGGGACGAUUGCUUUAUUUUCGCCAACAAGCGCAGAGCCAGUUGCUGUAAUCAAGGCUCACAAUAUGAAUGGUACGGUUGUAUUUUAAAAGUUUUUGUUACGUAGGGUUUUUAAAAUUAAUGUGAUUUGUUUAGUGUGCGCUCUACGGGUUGACAAUGCGACUGGAAGAUGUAUCAGCGGCAGUUGGGAUGCUAAAGCUGUUGUUACAGACCUCAAGAAGGCUUUGGCGGGUCAGUCUAGCCAAAUUUACUCUCUGAAUGGCCACAAACAUUCUGUAUGGGCGGUGGAAUUUGUCCCACAUCAAACAGAUUGUUUUGUGACUGGAUCCGCCGAUCGUACUAUAAAGCUAUGGCGUGGUAACGAAUGUAUAAAGACGUUGGAAGGACAUCAAGAUGUUGUUCGUUCUGUUAUUGUGCUCUCUAACGGAAAUAUCAUUUCGUCGGCAAAUGACAGUACCUUGAGAUUGUGGUCAUCAGAUAGUGGAAAGUGUCUGGAAGCUUACGAUUCUUACCAUGGCGAAUUUAUUUAUUCGUAAGUUGGUUUAUUUUAAAGAUUAAUAACUUUUCUUCUUUAUUGUUUAUGUUAAAGUGAAAAAUUUUUAAUUAAAUUUUGAUUAUUUUCAGUACGGUUUUGAUAAAUCAUCCUUGCGGCCGCUCGUUUGUUGCAUCUUGUAGUGAACGUGGUUAUAUUGAGGUUUACUCAUUGGAAGCUGAAAACUCAGCUUUGCGAUUUUUACAGCCGGUCAGAAUACCAGCCGUUUCUUUAUGGUCUAUUCGAAGCAUGAGAAAUGGAGAUUUUGUAGUAGCUGCUGAGUAAGUAAUAUUUUUUGUAUUUUAUAUUUUCUUUUUUAGCAACGGUUUUAUUUAUGUCUUCUCGAUGGAUCCAGAAAGAAAAGCUCCAGAACCAGUAGAAGCUGCAUUUGAAGUGGAAGUGUCCGAGUUUAUUGCCAAAGAAGUAGCUGCCAAAGCAGCUGAACAACAAGAUAAAGUUACUAUUAAAGUGUCAUUGGACGAUUCUGGUCGGCAGCUGGAUUUAGUAUAUACAAAAGGUCAAAAUCCCAUUGAUACGGCGAAACAUUUUCUGACGGUAAGUUGAAAUUUAACAUGGUUGGUUUAGUAAUUUUGUUUUUAUUGUUAAUUUAUUGGUAUUUCUUGAUUUUAUAGUUAUAUAUUUUAGCAAAAUAAUCUUCCUAUUUCUUACUUGAAUGAAAUUGUCGACUAUAUCAAGACCCAUAUCCCGGAAGCAAAGAAUUUUGAGCAGUUUAAGUCGACCAAGCCUGCGGUUGUAAAGCCAGGAGUAAGUGUGGUUUAACAAUUAUGUUUUUAAAAAGGAUAUAAUUUUUAUCGGAAGCAAUAAAUUUUUUUUUUUCAGAAAGCUGACUACGAGUUCGAAAUUUCAACCUCAGAGAACAACACAUUCUUCCUCAGCUAUAACGUAGGCGAAGAUCCGAAUAUGGCUGCUCAGAGGUGUUGUGAACAAAACAAGCUUCCUAUCGCAUUUAUUCCACAAUUAGUACGACACAUACAAACGAACGUACCUGAACUCAAGGGUCUUCAAGGAAGCGCCUACGCUGACCCAUUUACUGGAGGCGGCCGUUACGUUCCAGGUCAAACGGCUUCUUCCAGUGGAGACUACGGUGACCCAUUCACAUCGGGUGGACGCUACAUUCCGGGUCAAAGUGCUUCGAACUCCAGUGUUGGUAAGAUUUUAUUCAAUUUUUUGAUUCUUUAUAAUUUUUCUGUAAAAAAAAUAAAAUUUUUUAGGUAUUUAAAAACUUUGAUAUAUUUUAUGAGUAGUAUUUAAAAAUUGUCCUUUUCAGGCGGUGGAGAUCCAUACACCUCAGGCGGAAGAUAUAUUCCCAGUCAAGGCGCAAAUGAUUUGGUACCAAAUGCAUCAUUACCGGUUGACAAGAAAAAACCAACGUCAGAAUUUGUACCGAUCAAAGACCUUAUCUUAUUUUCUGACAAAGCUGAUCAAAAAGCUAUCGACGCUUUGAAGAAGGCCAAUUCUGAAGUUGGUGCUGAGUUUGAGCUGGAGGAGCCAUUGGUAUGUUGACAUUUUUUAAAUUAAAUUUGUAUUUGAAUUAUCCUAUUUUUAUAAAAUAUUUCUCAUGUAAAAUAACUCAUAAUUUCAGAUUGAAUCUCUGGUUCAAAUGUUCCAACCGGACUUUGAGUACAACGAAAUUCAAACGUUGGCAUUGGAGAAAGCUUUGCAAUGGCCGAUGGAGAAGAUCAUGUCGGUUGUGGACGUAUUCCGCUACGCUCUUCUCAACGAAACCCACAAUGCCAGCUUUUGUUUACCACCAAAUGGAGAUCAAACGUUGGAACGGCUUCUGACUUUGUUGAUAUCGGAUCAAACGUUCAAAAUUCGAACUAUGGUUUGCAGAGCCUUCGCGAAUGCUUGCAAGCACGAUGCUGGCCGUCAGCUACUGCUGAGAAGACUAAACGAUGUGGCGGAAGUUGUUGGAACUUGCAUUUUGUGGGAAAAACCGAUUUUGCAGGUAAAUUUUUAUGGCUUUUUAGCCAAUAUUCUUAUUUUUUCGGCGUACAACUGGGUAAGGGUUUUUGGUGUUUGAAAUGUUGUUAGCAUUUGGGAUUUUGCUUUUGGAAUUUACGGUUUCUUUGAUUUUGUUUAUUUUGGGGGUUUUUAUACAAAAAAGAAUGGUUUUUGAGUGAUCGUUGUUUUCUUGAGUAUGUUUCCGUACUUUAUGUGAUCAUUGUCUUAUUCAAUUCUAUUAUUAUCUGUUUUUAUAUUACUUUGUAAAUUUUUAUACUUUCUUUAAUAUUACUUUUUUUAGCAAGCUGCUGUUUCCGUGUUUUGUAACUUGGCGUACAGCUUGUUGAAACAAACCGAAGGAGGCGUUGCCGAAAUAGGCCCUAGAGAAGACCUUUUGAGAGCUAUCAUCAAAGCAACCGAAGGAACGAUUUCUUUCUCGCACUUGUCAGCGUUGACAAUAUUCCGUUUGCUACAAUGUAUUGUAACGUUGAUGUGGGGAGACUCUACAGUAAUCAAAAUGGGAAAACAGCGCGGAGUAUCCGAAAUUGUACAACGAAUCAAGGACGCAACCACUGAAGAAGCCAGCAAAAACAUUGCUCGUGAUAUCUAUGUUAUGACUUUUGAAGUCUGA